GGGAAAGUCCUCAAAACUUUCCUCGCGGCGCAACAAACAGGAAAAGAGUGGCAGCGUUACGGGAAAGUGUUCACCAAACAGUCUGUUAAAACGCGCCCCGCGGGUGUUAUUUCCUCGUCCUGACUGGAUGAAGGGGGUCCAGCCUUACUGGGCUUCCUUUCUUUUUUCUUCCAUCAUUCAGCAGCUCACCAACCCCGAUCUUUCAGCGGGAGAUUAAUAUGUGAACCCUGGGAAUCCAUCUGCACCGCGCGCGUUAUUCUUGCCAACUUUUCCAACAGGACACUUAUCGCGCGUCCUCGAGUUUCAGUAAACGUUCAAGGAAUUGAAAGUAUUCUGGAGGAAUUAUAAGCUUCGAGGUCAAGCGGGACAGAAGCAGAUAAAGUCGAAGUCUUUGGAUUCUGUGGCUGGGUUUAUAUGAACCUGUUCUCUGGAUCCGUGGACGCAGUGUUUGGGAACUCUGGGAUCAUGUCUCUCUGCUUUAUCAUGGAUCAGCAGCAGAUAGUUCGCUUCAAUGUCAUGUGUGUGCUCGUGUGCUCGCUCAUCGCGGUGCUGAGCGGGCAGAAUUACGCCACACAGGCCCAGGUGAUGUCCUCCAAAGCGCUCAGGGCUUCAAACACACGCAGAAAUGUAACAGACAGCAAUCGCCUCACAGACUUGUACCGGAAGGAAGAGGUCAUAAUGGUCAAGAGCGGAGGUCACGUCCAGAGCCCGCGCUUCCCCAACUCGUACCCUCGCAACCUGCUGUUGUCAUGGAAACUGCUGUCGCCUGUACACACACGAAUCCUGCUGGAGUUCGACCCUCAGUUUGGACUGGAAGAGCCGGAGAAUGGAGUCUGCAGGUAUGAUUAUGUGGAAGUGGAGGAUAUUUCUGAAACCAGCACCAUCAUCUGGGGCCGCUGGUGCGGGAAAAGAUUUCCAUCACGGAUCACGUCCAAAACAAACCUCAUCAAAAUCACUUUCAAAUCAGACGAUUACUUCGUAGCGAGACCAGGAUUCAACAUCUACUAUUCACUGUUGGACAGCUCCCCUCUCGCGUCGAUGACCAACUGGGAAGCAGUUACAAUGACGUCCGAUCUUGUUGGGUUUCCCAGGACGGAUUCUCCUUUUUCUGCGUCGGCGCUGGACAACGAGAUCGCGAGUGUGAGCACCGUGGAGGAGUUACUGAGACACCUGAACCCCUUCACCUGGCAGGAGGACCUGGAGCAGCUGUACACACACACUCACACACACUACAGACCACGAGCUUACCACAGCGACCGCAAGCAAAAACGUGAGUCUCUCUCUCUCACACACACACACACACAGUUAACCAUUGACUGGUGUUUUCUGAGGUGAUUUCCUGUGGUCUCUUCAUCUUUACCUCCUUCCGCUCUGUCCAUCCAGAACAGAUUGUGAUUAUUACAGAAACAGUAAGAUGUUUAUCAGUUAAAGGAGUAGAUUUAUGGAACAGUCUUCUUAUUCAACUUAAGAGCUCUAAAACUAUUAAGGGAUUUAAGAAAAGAUAUAAGUUAAA